AUGUUCUUCCGUCGCAAACUCGACUACGAUCCGAAGGAAUUUCCUCGGUAUCGCGAGCUCUUCCCAGAGCAACGAUCCUUCUUUGCCAAGCUGCUCGACUACAAGCCCGCUAUUGUCAACUUCAUUGCCGCCAGCUGGCACAUCCUCGUCAUCACCUGGAACAUCAUGAUCCAGUUCUUCACCAUCAUUGACUACAACCUCUUGAACGUCCCCACCGCUGUUAGAUGGCUCGGCAACGAGUUCAUCACGGCUGAUGGCUGCAACAUGAUCCACGGCUUCCUGCUCAUCUUCUGGCUUUAUCGCACCAGCUACUCUCUCAGCUUCGUUCUCUGCGACCUCUUGAAGUGGCUCCAUCGGCAAUGGGUGCCCUUCUACGCCGACAUUUGGCUUCAUCGCCUCCGCUGUGUUGGAUCCGUCCUCCUCUACAUCUUUUUCAGCAUCCCCACCGUUCUCAACGCCAUCAGCUUCCUCGUCAUUUGUGGAGUCGUCGGAAUCCCCUUCUUACAGAUUGCUCUGUACCUCUACAGCAUUUGCCCCCCUCGCCCUGAAUGGCUUCGCUACCCUGACUGGCUUCGUCUCCCUGAGCCUGAACCCCGAUGCAACCAGCCUGUCCCCUUUUCGGUUCGCUUCUCCAACCCUCCUUCGCCCAGGACACCCAGGACACCACCUCCCACUCCGUCGCCUCCUUCGCCUCCCCGUGCAUUCGACUGGACCUCACCCCCCGAACCUGAAGCCAUCAAACGCUAUCCCUGGCUCUUCACCACACCUUCUGGAGCUCCUGACACCAGACGCAAUCCCUUCUCCUCCAUCAAGCCGCCCGGAGCUGCCUACAUCAAGCCCAAGCCUGUAUCGUCCAUCAAACCCCCUGGAGCGUCCUAUCAAAAAGUCUCUCCCAAGGCCAAGCGCUAUCUGGCUUCUAACGGCAUCAACCCGAAGCAUCUCACGCCCAAGCGCUCUACCAACUUCCAACGCAUCAGCUCUCACCAGCAGGACCGACCCGUUGACAACGAGCUCAGGUACCAGUGGUUCGGGGGCAUCCUCUCUUCCGCCGAACGCGAGCUUGUUCAGAUGAACAGUGAGGCUAAGCACCUCAAGACCCUCAUCAGCCAAUUCCACAAGCAAAGCUGCGCUUCGACUCAAAUGGCCUCGAUCUCACCCACCACAGCUCUCCUCCCUCGCCCCGAGAUCGCCGCCGUCAAGGGAGACAACGCACGCGAGAAGCUCCGAUUCAAGGCCCUGUUGGCCGAGUAUCCUCCCGAGAUUAAGAAAAUUGUGACUUACAUCCAGCAGUCCCACCCAAGAGUACGAGACGCACUCACCAGCCUCCAAGCCCGAAUCGACCCUCACGAUCAGAGCGCCGUCGCAUGUGCCAUGCGCGCCGACUACACCGACUGCCAGGAGAAGCUCACCCGCAUUGUUAGAAUCACGGAGCGAGCCCAGAUCAGCGCCGAGAACACCAAGCAGCGAUGCGCCCGCCGGAUCGAAGAGCUGAGCGACGAGAUCGCUAGACUCGACAGCAUCGACCUGAGCCACAAGAAGCUCAAGAUGACGGCAUACUCCCCUUAG